GUUUGUUUUACUCCUAUUUUCACAAGACGUCUAUUUUCCUUUAUUUUCUUCAUGUCAAUAGCAUUUAUUUUUAUGCUACCGAGAUAAUCGUGUACAGUGAUAAAUCUUUUGAAUGUACGGAUAGGAUUUAUCGAUAACAGUGCUAAAGAAGUGUGAAAAAUAAUACUUACCCAAAUGUUGACAAUCUUUCAAAAUCAGGCUGUCAAAAAUUGUCGUCCGUAUCGUGCGUAUGAUGACGUCAUACAUUGAUGACGCCAUACACAAACUUUGAAUUGUCAAUAAUUGUCGUCCGUAUCAUGCGUAUGAGAACGUCAUACACUAAUGACGUCAUACAAUAACAUAAAUUUUGACAUAUGUCGUUUGGUAGUAAACAUAACUGUCGAAAAUCAUGAGUUGGACCAUCGAAGGGGAGUUUCCAGAUUUUUAUGGAACCAUAAAUGGAGUAAGGUGUGUUGGUGACUCCGGGAAACCUAACACCAUAGAGAAGUGUGCCAGCGGAAAUAACAAAGACGAAAUAUGGUUCAAAUUUGAAGGAGAAAAGAAUGGGAAACGGUUGAAGCGGAGUCUUGUAGAGAAGGGUAACACAAAGUUUUCAUCUGCCAUCUCCAAUGCACAGUUUCUUGAAAUGUGUGAAAGCAUGAGGAUUCCCGUGCAAAGAAAAGGAAAAAAAACUGUUCCUGCAUGUACUAGUAUUAAUGUUGAUCAUGAGGUGGAACCAGUUCCAACACCUGUACCUACAGAAGUUCACCAAGAUUUGAAGAUUUUAAAAGAAAAGUCUGCAGGUUUUUUCACGGUUGAUCUGGAUUGCCUUACGGCUCCAAUUGAAGAAUUGGUGGUGCGAUGCACAGACACUACAUGGGUGCAGCAAAUCAAAGAGAGCAUGAGAUCUCAACCAUCACGGCCAGUCACAAGAAUUCCGGUUCUGUGUGAAAGAGAGAUUCCCCCAGUGGAUUUUUGCAUUAACACAAUGCAUCCACUUCUGACACUGGGGGGAAACCAUAUGGUGACAGCCAUGAAGGACCUGCUAAUAGAAGAAGCUGGAAAUCCUGAUUAUGAAUGUUUGAGGAAGGUGGAUGUAGAAGUUUAUGUUGGGCUUACGCCCAGAGAAGCCAUGUUUGUUGGAUCAUGGCACAACAUACAAUGUUCACAGAAGCCAAUGAACUUCCAGGUUUACAAGCUUGAGGGCCUGGGCCCAGUUCUCUCAGUAGCUGCCUACAGCCAAGAAAAUGGGCAGCAGUAG